AUGGCUAUUGCAUCCUCCUACGGGAAAAAGAAAAGCAAUACUACGGACGAAAAGGAUCAGACUGGGAAGGUCUAUGAGUGUAGGUUUUGUUCAGUGAAGUUUUGCAAGUCUCAAGCUCUUGGGGGACACAUGAACCGCCACCGCCAAGAGAGGGAGACAGAAACACUGAACAAGGCCCGUCAUUUGGUCUUCACCAGUGAUUUGUCUCCAGGAGCUCAUCAGCCAGGUGGCCAACCAAUUCUACAUGGAAAUAUUAUGGGUGAUCCAACCAUGCCAUUCAGAUCAAUAUGCCCAACAAGAAUGUUUUCUGGUUCUUCACCCCUUUUUCAACCACCUCCAGAAGGACUGUCGCCACUGCCACCACCUCCACCACCGGGAAUGCCGCUGCCUCCACCCCAGCCUUACUUGUACACUUCUUCUUCGCGGAUAGGCUCCAUUCCCACGCAAUAUCCUGGGCAAUUUGUGAAUGACUACUUUGUUGCCGGCCAUGUCCACCCCGGUAACUCGCGGUAUUCACACUCCAAGUCUAGCUAUUCUUCAGCACCGCAAGAUACCAAUUUCACCUGCCUAGGCACACCAGUUGGACAUGGAUUACCAUGCAGCAGAGGAGAGGACGGAGUUGAUGAUGUUAGAGACAAGUCACAACACAAUCAGGAGGAAGGAUUGGAUUGA